AUGUCAGGUCCCGGCCACGCUGAGCCUCUCGUGGAAACGACGCGAUCUCUCAAGCGCAAGAACCUCUCAGACGACGACCAAGGCGAGCUCGACGCUCUAGACACUAUCUUCAAGCGCAUAAAGACGGCGGUUCCGCGAACGCCCUACAUUCUCUCGACGCCUUCGGUGAACCCGUACCGGUAUUACUCACAACAACAAGCCAAUGCUUGGAAGAUAGGAAGAUUAUGGAAGUCGGACGAGGAGCAUCUACAGUACAGAACCUACCUGUACCGCGAGCCAUGCCAGGACUGCUUCGAGCUGCAGGCGGGAGAGGAUGACGAGCCCGAGCCUGAGCCCGCGCGCUCCCAGACCGCAAACGGGCAGCCAGGCAAGAAGAAACCGAACCUCUCAGCCUUCAAGGUCAAGCCAGCGAACGGCCCCAAUACUCCCAGUGUCAAGAUCAGCUCGCCCAGCCUUGCGACAGAUAAGGCAUCAAAACAGGCGAAUGGGGUUAGCAAGUCUGAGAAGUUGUCUGUGCCCUCCCACAAGGCCGAGUCCAAGUCGCCAAGAUUGACUUCUGGCACUUCACGCGACGAGCACCCUGCCAGUAAAGUCAACGGUGAUGCCCCUUCCUCGACUCGGCCACGCGCCCCCUCCACACAGAAGAGCGAGACUGCCAGCUCCAAGGGCAAGGUCGAGAAAUCGGAUCCGUCCAGCUCAACACCACAUGGCCUCCCCCCACUCCUGUCACCAGUACACGAACCAAUGGGUAAUCCCUACGGUCUCCCCAACAUUCUAUCCCCCACACUCCCCUCCAACAUACAGGCCGAGCUAGAUAGAAUAGAGGUGCAACGGAAGCGCGCAGACUCCGACGCAUCUGUAUCAUCGUCAGAUCGCAAGAGUCAGACGCUGGCCGUGCCGCCUAGUGGAUCUCAACAGUCCAAUGGCACGCCAAAGUCUGAGAACCGAGUGCGCUCAGCCUCUAUCAACGGCAAAUCGCCCAACCCCGAACCAGUCAGUCAAGCCGAACCAACAGACCCUAGUAUGCUCGUGAAACUGAAAUUCUCAAAGACCAAGGCUCCAGUCGUUGGCCAAAUCCUCCGCCUGCCAUCCAAACGAGCUAACGCCGAGAAGAAGGAGCGCCACGAUGCGCCCAAGGCUACUGCGAUAGAUACACAGCCCAAAGUCACAGACCCGCCUGUCAUUAAGAAGAAGCCUGUUCCAAAAGUUGCUGCGCGUCGCGGAGAGACUACCACGCCGGCGGUGCCCACGCCGAAUGCAGGUGCAAAACCAACUCCUGCGAGUACAAAGGUUGCGGAGAAGCGGCCACGGCCGGAUGAGGAUGCGACUUUGACGGUACCACCCACUAAGCGUCCCAGGGCAGGCUCAGGGCCCAUUACCCCUCUCCAAAAUAUCUCCUCUCCAGCCUUAUCCACCAAGUUGAGUGCACAGAAGAGUCAGAAUCAGUACGCCACCCCUAAGAAGGACAUCAAAUCAGUCAACAUGUUACGAAGUCAGUCAUCCGAAAGCAACACUAAUGACGCAACCCCCGGCCGGUCUGGCGCAACUCCAGCGGGCGCAAAGACGGAGCACAAGGCUGGUCCUACAUCUGCCCCUCUUAACAACAAGAAGCAGGCGGAUAUCUCACUCCUGGGACAGACGUCUGCGAGGCUGAAUCAGAUGGGAAGAGCCCUCAAGCAUGAAGCAACUAAGAUCCUCACAACAGGCGGUAGCAAAAUCUCCAAGCAAGACGAGAAGAGAGCUGCGGUGACAAAUCUCGAAUGUAUUCUUGCAUACAUGGCCGCCUACUCCGCCCAAGACCUCUCGCUCAACCUCCGCGGUCGCGCGGGAGAAGUGGAGCAAACCUGGAAAACGCUCCUCCCCCUCUGUCUCUCCUACAGCCGCUGCACAAAAGACCACCAACACCUCGACGGCCUACGUUCCUACCUCAGUUCCAUCAUCGCCUCGGCAAUCUGCACACACGUCUCGCAACGCUGCCAGAACGCCAAGUCAGCCGUAUCCCACGACUCCCCCCAGGACGCCGCCAACAACGCAGACGUAACACGCCAGCACAACUCGCUCGCUGAGAACUUUGCGCUCCUGGCCGACCACACGAUCAAGAUGAACCGGCACUACCAGGACGCGAGGAUUGCCCUGCCGAUUGAAGACUUGCAAAUCCUGUACAAGAAGACGUAUGCAGCGAGAGAAGCCAACGCGCGCCUCGCACGCGAACCAGAAAAGAUUAGCGGCGCGCGCAUGUCUGGUCCGUACUUUUUGCCCCUUGCCACGGAUACAACGCCUAUCCAGGCUGUGCGCUUUGGCCUCAAGUUCCUGAGCGAGUACUGUGAGAAGGAAGGGUUGGAAUAUCGAAUGAGGAUUAAUCUGGACAGGCCGGAGUAA